CAACCCGAGGCGAAUUUACACUGAACACCGUUAAUAAACCGGAUUAUAUAAAAUUUAUUUAAAGUUAUGAUUUCAGCUCAGAAGUGAAUGAUGAAAGUAUGAUAUAUGAUGUAAAAUAAAAAGACAGAAGACAAGUAUGUCCAGAGCUUUAAAAGUGUACAACACUCGGUUGGUAGUGUCAUUAAGGGGAAAAUUAAAGAAGUUGUUCUCCCAGAAAUAUCUUCUCUAUACAAACACUGCUAUAUCUGUAUUUAUGUCUUGUGCUGGAGAUGGUCUUCAACAGAAUUAUCAGAUUGCUCAAAAGGAAAUUGCAUGCUGGGAUAAGCGUAGGAGCAGAGAUGUAGCUGUAACGGGGUUUCUGAUUGGUCCAUUCUGUCAUUACUGGUACAUCUUGCUUGAUUGGUGGUUACCAGGGAGAUCUGUUGGUAUAAUAAUGAAGAAACUCUUAGUGGACCAGUUUAUAUGCUCACCUGUUGCAAUUACUUCUUUUCUUUCUGUGACUUCUUAUUUAGAAGGAAAAAGGGGAAAAGAGUUAAAGAACGAACUUAUAGAAAAAGGAAAAACAUUAUAUGCUGCUGAAUGGAUUGUAUGGCCCCCAGCCCAAAUCGUUAACUUUUAUUUCCUGCCAACUAAAUAUAGGGUACUUUUUGACAAUUCUGUUUCCUUUGGGUUCGAUUGGUAUUUUUCGUACGUGAAAUAUGGAAAGCAACAUCACAUGCCAGGAGAUAUAUUAGAAAGUUCACACAAAGAAAAUAUUGAGGACGAAGCUUUACAUAUUAGUCAGUAUGGAUCACAUAUACCUUUCUUACAUAUACAGGCAGCAGAUACUCUCCAAACAAAACUGGAUCAGGAUUUAUUUGAUGACUGGAGUAAAUGGUAUCAUAGAGGUAAUGAUCUCAAACACAAUGGUACUGAUGAAGUUACGGAAACUAAUGAUGUGAUUGAAAGUAAUGUCGAUGAAAAAGCACAGGAUACCUGUGGUGUUAACAUUAGUGAACUCAACAAAUUAUCUACAACAAAUGGCACCAACUUAUGAUAUAUUGAAAAUUGUUAAGUCUUUUGUUGCAUUGAUGUUUUUGUUGUUGCUGCAAAGAAUACUUGUGUGUAUGAAAUAGUAGAGGAACAUAAAUGUUGAUUUGAUAUCAGCUUAUAUGAAAUCAGUGUCUUCAUAUUAGGUCAUAUGUAUACAUAUUAUUUAUGACUCAGGAAUUUGUAUUACUUAGUCAUACAGUAUAUUUUGUAUAAAAAAAAAUCAAAAAAGUUUUUCAGGUUUAAACUAGCAUUUGUCUUUUUAACCAAUCUUUGUUACGUAUAAUUUUAGGCUUAAUUUUGUAUUUAUACUACAUCAAGUAAAGGUCAUUUAUUUUUGAUGAUUGAAUAUUACCAGUACGUAAGAACGGUCAAUCUCAACUUUGAGAUAUAUUGAGCUAUAAUCCCCAUUCCAUUUAUUUUGCUUUUAUAUAAAAGUUCUGCAUGAAAGUUAAUUAAUGAAACUAUUGGUAUGUCAAAUUACUUCAUACUCUACUGGCAUGCAAGCAGUUCCCGUACAGAAGCAGUACCCGUAUUUUUGUUUUAAAUGCUUGAUUUUCACUUGCAUUCUUAAAAAAUUGAUAUCAAAUCAAACAGAUGUAUGAACAAGACAAAAUCUAAGUGUCAAAUUGGCAAUAUGUACAAAAGUUUUUAUUUAAAAUCACUUUCACCUGUGUGUUGUCAAAACGUGACCUUGUAAACGUUGGGGGAUUCCGCCCUAGCGCGCAUGCGCAAAACUAUUUACAUAUAUGAGGCCUAUUUAACUAUUUAAGGGUUUUCCACUAAUACCACUUGUGUACAGAUAAGUGAGCAAUGCGAUAAAAACGUGUUUAAUUAUAAGAAUUUUGACCUAUAUUACUAAGUAAAUAAUUUUAUGGCUUUAAUGGGUACAAUAUCAUGGGUACAAGCACGCCAUUGCUUGCAAAUGCGUUGGGGGUAACGGUACCGGGUAAUACCAGUGUUUAGUCUACACUCUACAGAUAUCCUGACAUCUACUUACCUCUUAGAAAAUUGUCGUUUGAACAAUUAAAAAUAGAUCUAAUAUAACAACAUUGUAUAAUUAUAAUGGGUUAUAUUUUUUGUACGGGAACUACUUCUCUUCAUACAAAAUAAUGGAUAAUUUUGGUACCCCUUAUGAGGCCUAAUAACUAAGAGUUAUUCUAUGUUUAGAACAUAAUGAAAUUUUCAUAAUUUGUGUGACGAGCUGAAAAUUAAAGUGUAACAAUCAAUUUUUUAGUGUGUGAGCGUAAUAAGAAAUAUUUUUUAGGAAACUACAAUUUUUGUACGGAUACUGCUUGCAUGCCAGUAGUCAAGUCUUAUACAAUAAAAUUGAGCUGAAAGGAAGAAAGUCUCAAUAUUUAAAAUAAUGUUAAACUAAUAAUGCAUGUAUGGUUGCUAUAUGUGUUUUAAAAUAAUUUUACAAAAAUUAUUGCAUAUGAAUCUUUUAAGUCAUGCUGAUAUAUGU